GACCUGGUCCUUGCUUCACUUCUGUUCUACGCUCGUUGCAGCUUCUCCUCUCUCAGCCAUGAUCGCCAGGCAGUCAAGUGUUCGCGGAGCUUCCCGGGGCUUUAGCAGUGGCUCAGCUGUUGCCGGUGGAGUCAAGCGGGUGGCCUUCAGCUCAGGCUCCAUGUCUGGGGGUGCAGGGCGCUGCUCCUCUGGGGGCUUCGGCAGCAGGAGUCUUUACAAUCUCGGGGGUCACAAGAGUAUCUCCAUGAGCGUGGCUGGGUCCUGCCAAGGCGGUGGCUACGGGGGUGUCGGAGGCUUCGGUGUUGGAGGAUAUGGUGCUGGAUUUGGUGCCGGUGGUUUUGGCGGCGGUUUUGGAGGCUCCUUCAACGGUCGAGGAGGUCCUGGUUUCCCCGUCUGUCCUGCUGGAGGUAUUCAGGAAGUCACAAUCAACCAGAGCCUGCUGACACCUCUUCAGGUGGAGAUUGACCCAGAGAUCCAGAAAAUCCGCACAGCAGAGCGUGAGCAGAUCAAGACCCUCAACAACAAAUUUGCUUCCUUCAUUGACAAGGUUCGGUUUUUAGAGCAGCAGAACAAGGUCCUGGAAACCAAAUGGAACCUCCUCCAGCAGCAGACAACCAUCACAUCCCCCAGAAACCUGGAUGCUUUCUUUGAGACUUACAUCAAUGCCUUGAGGAAGAACCUGGAUACUUUGAGCAAUGACAAAGGUCGCCUACAGUCAGAGCUGAAGAUGAUGCAGGACAGUGUGGAGGACUUCAAGACCAAGUAUGAAGAUGAAAUCAACAAGCGUACAGCAGCAGAGAAUGACUUUGUUGUCCUCAAGAAAGAUGUGGAUGCUGCCUACAUGAUCAAGGUGGAGUUAGAGGCCAAGAUGGAAAGCCUUAAGGACGAGAUCAACUUCACAAGAGUCCUCUAUGAAGCGGAGCUGUCUCAGAUGCAGACACAUGUCUCAGACACAUCUGUGGUGCUGUCCAUGGACAAUAACCGGAACCUGGACCUGGAUGGCAUCAUCGCGGAGGUUCGAGCCCAGUAUGAGGAGAUUGCUCGGAAGAGCAAGGCUGAGGUUGAGUCCUGGUACCAGAUCAAGGUCCAGCAGCUCCAGAUGUCAGCUGACCAACAUGGAGAUAGCUUGAAGACCACCAAGAAUGAGAUCUCAGAACUCAACAGGAUGAUCCAGAGGCUGCGGGCAGAGAUUGAGAACAUCAAGAAGCAGUCCCAGACUCUGCAGGCGUCUGUGACAGAUGCAGAGCAGCGUGGAGAACUGGCCCUCAAAGAUGCCUACAGCAAACGCGCAGACCUGGAGACUGCACUGCAGAAGGCCAAGGAGGACCUGGCCCGGCUGCUGAAGGACUACCAGGAGCUUAUGAACGUCAAGCUGGCCCUGGAUGUGGAGAUCGCCACCUACCGCAAGCUUCUGGAGGGCGAGGAGUGCAGGAUGUCUGGAGAAUGCAAGAGCGCUGUGAGCAUCUCGGUAGUUGGUGGCAGCGCCAGCAUCGGCGGCAGUGCUGGCAUCGGCCUUGGCCUGGGUAGCGGUUUUUGCUCUGGUUCUGGCUCUGGAAGUGGCUUUGGAUUUGGUGGUGGUGUUUACGGCAGUUCUGGUACCAAGAUCACCUCUUCUGCCACCAUCACCAAGAGAUCUCCACGAUAGGCAAGACAGGAUCCUGAUGGCCCUGAGCCUGGCAGGGUCUGCUGUUCCUGAUAUCUCCUGUGCGACCCUCACUUCACCUCCAGUCUUCCUUCCUGGUGCUCAUCUUGUUAGUCUCCCCACUCUGUCUUGGCCCCUCAGUUCCAGGACGAUCGUCUUGGCCAUAGUGUGACCUCUGUUGUACUGGAGCCUGGUAGCUUCUUCUCAACUUGGAUCAAGUGACCCUCUUGCAUGGGAAGGGUGUCUGAUUUCACCCCAAUGGACAGAGGGGAUGAAGAGCAAGAACUCCUUCUGCAGAUGUACAGGCUCACUCUCGGUCCCUCUAGUCACACGGGCCUCCACCUGAUCCUGGACUUCCAUCUUAUACAACGAUGUUCAUUCUCCAUCACCUGGCUGCAACAGGCUCUGCCAGGUUAAGACAAGGACUGCUUGGUGUCCCUGCAACCCUGCUCCUCUCUCUACUCAUCCCCAAUAAAAUGCUUUCGUCAUUCA